AUGGAUGCGUCGCGUGGCCAGCUGCCUGCGGGCUUGAAGGGGAGGUGUCCAUACACCGUGCUGGGUCUGUGCUUAUCGGCAGAUGGGGAGCAGCUGAGUGUACAGGAAGCAGCAGCAGAUGAAACUUCUGUUGCAGCUCGUGAGGCUUUGAGCUCCAAGGCGAUUGGUACUGCAUACAGACGGGCGGCGUUGAAGGCCCACCCAGAUAAAAACAAAGGAAGAGAGGCAGAGGCAGCAGCAGCUUUCUUAGUUGUGAAUUUAGCGUUUGCUUUUCUUUCAAAUGCAGAUCAACGUGCAGCAUAUCAUGAACACCUGAGGACGUUGCUUUCUCUGCGGCAGCAGCGGCAGCAGCAGCAGCAACGAUGGACAGAAAGGGAUAAAGAGAAACAGAAAUUCAAGGCAGAGCUCGAACGCAAAGAAGCACAAGCCCGGCAGAAGACCCCCCACAUAGACCCCCAUGAAGCAGAGCUUCAACGCAUCAGGGAGCAGAAUGCUCUCUUCAUCAAGCAGCGCAUGCAGCAGCUGCAAAAGGAAAGACAAAAUAUAUUCAGAGACCACUCGGCCCAGCUGCUGCAGCAGCAGCAACAGCAGCAGCAGCAGCAGCAGCAGCAGCAGCAGCAACAACCCAGUGCCACACAUGCGCAUGCAACGCAUGCAGUCAACGGUACAGAGACAGAGACGGAGGAGACCCUCGAUGAUAUUCUUCUCAGGUCUGUUGUGCUGCAGUGGAAUGUCCCUGCAGCAGCAGCAAACGCAUGCAAGCAGCAGCACGCGACCUCUGCGCCAGCAGCAGAAGCAGAAACAACAGGAGACAGAGCUGCAGCAGUAGGAGCAGCAGGAAGUCCAGCAGCAGCAGCAGCAACAGCAACAGAAGAUGAAACAGCUGCAGCAACAGCAGAGCCACCAGCAGGAACAGCAGGACCAGACACAACUGCAACAGCAGCAGCAGCAGCAGCAGCAGCAGGAGCAGCAGCAGCAGAUGCUCCAACUCCUGCUUCUCUGUGCGCCCAGCUGUGGAUGCACGGUGCUGUUGACCUGUGUUUCUUUUCUGCGGGUAGAGGCCAAGCCUGCGUACGGCAGAAGACCCCCCACAUAGACCCCCAUGAAGCGGAGCUUCAACGCAUCAGGGAGCAGAAUGCUCUCUUCAUCAAGCAGCGCAUGCAGCAGCUGCAAAAGGAAAGACAAAAUAUAUUCAGAGACCACUCGGCCCAGCUGCUGCAGCAGCAGCAGCAGCAACAGCAGCAGCAGCAGCAGCAGCAGCAGCAGCAACAGCCCAGUGGCACACGUGCGCAUGCAACGCAUGCAGUCAACGGUACAGAGACAGAGACGGAGGAGACCCUCGAUGAUAUUCUUCUCAGGUCUGUUGUGCUGCAGUGGAAUGUCCCUGCAGCAGCAGCAAACGCAUGCAAGCAGCAGCACGCGACAUCUGCGCCAGCAGCAGAAGCAGAAACAACAGGAGAAAGAGCAGCAGCAGUAGGAGCAUCAGGAAGUCCAGCAGCAGCAGCAGCAACAGCAACAGAAGAUGAAACAGCUGCAGCAACAGCAGGAACAGCGGAUGGAGCAGCAGGACCAGACGCAACUGCAACAGCAGCAACAGCAGCAGCAGCAGCAGCAGGAGCAGCAGCAGCAGAUGCUCCAACUCCUGCUUCUCUGUGUGCCCAGCUGUGGAUGCACGGUGCUGUUGACCUGUGUUUCUUUUCUGCGGGUAGAGGCCAAGCCUGCGUCUCCUUCUCUUCACGAGAGAGAGCAAUCGAAGCAGCGUUGCUGCUGCAGCGGGAGAGACAAAAACAGAAACAUAAAAGCAGCAGCAAAAGACAUGCAGACACCAUCACUGUUAAACUGGCAAAUAAAAUCAACGGAUUCAGAGAACUUCUCCUCAAAAUACGGAGUGUUGCUGCUGCUUCAGACCAGCAGCAGCAGCAGCAGCAACAGCAGCAGCAGCAGCAGCAACAGCAGCAGCAGGGAGAUACAGAUGAUAUGCAAGAAAUCGCAAUGCUUGCAGCUGAGACAGAAGAGGCAGCUGGGGCAUUUGCUUCUGCUUUAGCUGCUGCUCAGGCCGAUGCUGCUGCUCAGACGGAUGCUGCUGCUGCUGCUGCUCCUGCUGCUGCUGCUGCUGCUGCUCCUGCUGCUGCACCGCGCGACCCACCACUUGCCAGCGCUUCCCCGGCGGAGCAGCAGACAUGCAAUGGAAGUAGCGGCAGUACCCCCAACAGCAGCAGCUACAGCAGCAGCAACAGCAGCAGCUACAGCAGCAGCUACAGCAGCAGCUACAGCAGCAGCAGAGGGUCGCUGAGCAUUGCAGAGGCUGCCAGCGCUGCUGCUGCUUUCGGUUUGGGUGGAGCAGCAGCAUCGAAGAGGCCCAUAAGCGGUGCUGCUGCUAGCAUAUUAGAGUAUGUGAAGAGCUGCAGCAGCAGGGGGCUGCAGGAGGCGCAGCAGCAGCAAGCAGCAGCAGAAGAUGAAAAAGACUGGGAGUGGCUAGGUGGGUCCAAGGUAGCAGCCAGCAUGACGCUGCAGCAACUCGAGGCAGCAGCCUUUGGAGAGCUUAACCGCAAGAAGCAGCAGCAGCAACAGUAG